AUGGUCCCACCUUCCUGCGGGGUCAACAAUGUCAUCGUGAUGAUGGAGAAGGAAAAUAAGGUCAUGGACACGGAUCUCUCGGACCCUAACAUGAAAGGAAUAUUUUCUCAGAUACGUAAAUACGUUGUAGAACCCCAACAUUUUACACCUCGUAGUCCGAAACAGGAGACGAACUCUAGUAGACUCGGUUCCACAGACUAUAGGAAAGUGAUGACGUAUCUGAACGGACAGCGGGUUGCCCAGAACAACCCAACUUUGGUGUCACUUAUAAGGAAUUAUUAUAUCGAGAUGCCAUCUUUGGAGCCGUAUCAUCUUGAUAACCCGGAUGUUGUCGAAUUAUCAAACGGCCAGACACCUGUGGUGGACAGCCGACUUAACUACAUGGAGGGAGGGUUUUAUGUUGAAUGUGGAGCGCUUAAUGGUGAGAAAGGUUCCAACAGUCUAUUCUUUGAACGAGUAAGAAAAUGGAACGGCCUGCUGAUAGAGGCAGAUCCUACUAAUUAUAAAGCUUUGAAGAGUAAAAACAGAAAAGCAUUCACACUUAAUGCCUGUCUCUAUCCAAAACCCCACCCAGCAGAGGUAAUGUUUAACAAAGCAUUUAACAUGGGGAGGGCUAUCCAUGACGAUUUUGUCCGGCAGUGGUUGACAAAUCGAGGGAUAAAACCCGAUCCAGUUCCAGUCCAGUGUUUCCCACUUUAUUCCAUUCUGCUCGCCCUCAACCAAACGACCGUCGAUUUCUUCAGCCUCGAUGUGGAAGGAGACGAAGUUGAGAUACUAAAGACUAUUCCUUUUGAUAAAAUCAACAUAAAAAUGUUGACUGUGGAAUAUUCGCAUGGAUCUGGCGGAAAGUACGAACUGCAAUACUACAUGGAAUCCCAAGGAUAUGACACACUAGUUUCUAUGGAAAGAGACGAUGGUGGUGUGAAAGAUCUCAUCUUCAAAAAGAAAGGGUUGGCGUCCCACUAAAGAUUCAGUAACGUCUGAGAAGAUGAUGGACUUAAAGCCUUUAGACACAGGACAGCUGCCUCUACUUUCACUGAGGAAAAACAACUGUCCAAAAUAAACCAAAACCUCAGAAAUGAAUAUUGUAAGAUUUGUUUGGUUUAAAAUGCAAUGAUUUCUGUGGUAGAUGAUUUGUGUUAACUUGUGGUUUUAUUCUGAAAUCAUUACAUUAUUUCAUCGUUUGGCUUUCUGCUGUUUCAGUAUGUUAUCCGAAAAUAAGAUUGUCAUUUAAAGAAAACAAAACAAAUUUGUUUUUGGGCUUAAAUUAAAAUGUUUAAUAUCAGCACAAUAUUCCAUCUUUGCAUAUAGCAGAGUUAUCUUCUCUUGUGAGCAGGUAUUGAUUUUUACGUCAUUGAGAGUAACGUCAUCAAUU